CAAAGACGGUCACCGCAUCGGCCGCUUUCAGAUGUGCUUCUGGGGCCGUCUGGAACACCCUUCCAAUAUUAGGAAUCCACCUUGAGCUAUGCACGUUUCACAUCAUCUAGAUUGAAGACUCAUUUCUGGAGAAAUGCUUUUUCUGUUUUAGUUUGUUCUCCUUCCCCCGGCACCUCUGACUACGCACGGCGCUAAAGAAGUUCAACGUACAUACGUGCGCACGACCGCAGCGGCGGUAGCGCGCGGCGGCGACGAUGGUGGUGCGAGCGUUCCCGCUGUGCAAGCUGGGCCGGCUGCUGCGCUGGCUCAAGCUGCUGUUGUGCCUGGCGCUGCUGUGCCUGGCACUGGCUCGCUCGCACGACUUCCUCAGCUCGCUGCGGCACAACGUCCUCACGGAGCGUCGCUUCCUGGGCCUGCACCGCUGCCCGGCGUGCUUCGGCACCAGCUGGUGCCGCCGUUUCUCGGCGGGGCAGCUCACCUUCCGGGGAGCCGCGCAAUUCCGUCUGCUCGACAGGUUCAACCGACAGCAGGUGUUUGCCGGGCGGCACACGGAGCCGCGGGAGGGCCCGCGCGACGUCACCCUCAAGCGCCUGGGCUCGCCGGCGCAGCUGGCUGAGCUGGACCGCGCCCUCUGCCUGCGCGCCACCGGGCGGGCCGCGUGCGACGUGGCCAAGGCCGUCCUGCGCUCCGAGUUCAACCGUCUCAACGGCGACCCCAAGGCCGGCGUGGCACCGGCGCGGCUGUUGACGCCGGCCGUGGUGGAGGGCUGGUCCGACCUGGUGCACUGCCCGUCGCAGCGGCUGCUGGACCGAGUGGUGCGACGCUACGCGGAAACGCGCGACUCGGGCAGCUUCCUGCUCAAGAACCUCAAGGACUCGGAGAAAAUCACCCUCCUCCUCACCAUCGCGUUCAACCCCGAGCCACUCGUCAUGCAGAGCUUCCCUCCGGAUGAGGGCUGGCCUCUGGCCAAGUACCUGGGUGCGUGUGGGCGGAUUGUGGCCGAGAGCUACGUGGGGCCUCCGCUCUCCGACCUCCUGAGCUCGCCCUGGGAGAAACGUGUCGACCUCGCCUGGCAGGCCUUGGAGCUGGCGGAGCAGCUGAGCAACAAUGACCUGGACUUCGGCCUCUACCUGCUGGACGUGCGGGCCGAGAGCUUCGGCGUGGGGACGCGCGACGGUCGGCUCAUCCUGACCGAGGCCUCGCGAGUCCUGGUGUCGGACAAGCGCCACAUCCGCCAGGAGCGCCCGGCCCAGUUCGACUCCCCGUACGAGACGACGCACCAGGAUUGCCGCGACUCCUACGACUGCCUCGCCCUCUCCCCGUCGCGCAAGCACCUCUGCUCGCGCCUCUCUCACGACCACAACCACUACGCCGUGUGUCGCAACCUCCUGGCUCCACUGUGGGCCGGGGGCACCCGGGGCGGGGCGGCUCUGCUCGGGGGGGCCCCGAGGCCUCUCGCGGGCCGCCUGGAGACCCUGCUGGCCGAAUGCGUGCGGCCCAAGAGGCCGGGCGGCCGGGCCGCGGCGGCCGGAGAGCUACGGCGUUGGCUCGCCGAUCUCAACGCCAACUACAGCAAGCUGGCGGCGGCAGGGACUGUGGAUGUCGGGGGCGGCACUGAGAGGUAGCGGCUGACUCGUGGGGGGGAACGGGGGGGGGGGG